UUUCCACAUAACUGAAAAGUGGAAGGAAGAUAGAUCAUGGUCCACUAGAUUUGAUUAUUCAUGAUUUUGCCAGGAGCUUUUUUUCACUGUACAAGCUAACAAAAUCCUAACAACUCAAGGCCACAGCUAGAUUGCAUAGAUACAGAAUGUGUCAAAAUGAACAUGCAGAUAUAGAAGAGAAAAAAAAAUGUAAAUACCAGGGAAGGACACAAAGAGACAAAAGAUGCAAGCAAUCAAUAGCAGGAAUUUCACAUAAAAAAGAAUCAGUAGCUGGAAUGGUGUAGUUCAAUUUGAUCACACAGAUGUGAUAAACACUUAUACAAUGUUUAUCUUGAUUUAACUUAUAAUUUAUCAUUUCCCAAGCUAUAAUAAACACUUGGUAUGACAUAUUUCUAUAUCGUCAUAUUCUGAGGCAUCUGGGCAAGACUUAAAAAACAAAUAGCCCAGUCUGGCUCAAUAACAAUGUUGCUAGUUUGUGACAGAACAUGUACCAAGAAGACAUUUGGAAAACUGUCUGUUAGCUUCACGUCACAAUCAUAUUUUUAAUAAAUCAGAAAGCCAAGAAGAUGCUUACAAGAAAUGAAACCCGUCCAUAACAGAAACAUGUUGAGAACAAAAUGACAAGAAGCAAAGUCCAAGAGCAGCACUAAACAAUUUUCUGAAUUGCAUCAACAAGAAAGCUCAUCCCCAGCACAAGAAGAAACCUCAGCCCCUUUCAUAAGGACCAGAUGACAACCAAUACUCUCUAUGCCUGUAAAGCAUUCAUGGGUUUUGACCUUCCUCCACCAUCUCCUUGGGCUAAGAGUCAUUGAAGAAAUCUUACCAGAUGCUUCCUCAGAAGGAUACAUCGACAUUUUUCUCAGCAGAAGGCUCUUCCAGUGUUCCCAGCCUAUCUUUGCCAAAGUUAUGCCUUCACAAGCCAACAGCUACUACACAGGACACGUAGUUGUCAACUUCAAAAGUACAUUUUUUGGCGGAAGGCAAAUCCCUCUUCGCAUGGGAAAGAAACACUUGUGAAAGGCAGGUGGACCUUUUGUCGAUCAUAAACUUUAAAGAAAAGCUAGAUCUAGUGGACAUAGAGUGCAAUGGAAAGUCCUGAGUACUGUGAGAUAAACUCAAAUAUGACACUUGACUACAUAAACCGACUAUUAAUGGAGAACACUGAUGAGAAGGCCAGCAUAUACCAACAACAUGAUGCACUUCAGGCCACGGAGAAGCCCUUUUAUGACAUUCUUGGACAGGCAUAUCCAUCAUCACCUAAGGAGACAAUGAUCCGUACAAAUAGUCAUAUAGAUUGUCUCCAAGAUAGUAGCAACAGUUAUACUGAAUGGGCAGGCAGUGGUAGCUUUGCCAGUGACAUUCUUGGGCCACAGGGUAUGCAACUUGUAGCCAAUGAUUGGGCUUCUGAACGUGAUCGUUUGUCUUCACAAUUUCAGAGAGGUGCUGAGGAAGCGAAUAAGCUUGUUCCCAGUAUUGAGAAGUUGCUGGUUGAUCUGGAUAGUAAUGUCCUUUCUGGUUACAAUCAAAUGAUUGGGGCAGCAACUGGACAAAAAAUCAAGCAUGCAAGCAAAAUACAGAAUCAUCCUCACGCAGACUUGGAGUUGUUGGAAGCGAGGAACGGUAAGCAUUUGGCCAUCUCAGCUAGUGAAACAAUUCGGGAUGAAACAUUUGAUAGUGUUCUGCUCUGUGAUUGGGAGGUUCAUAGUGAUGCUGCCUACCUUAGAGAAAUGAAGGUGAAAGAAGCAAGCAACAGUCAGCAGAAUGUUCAAAGCAAAGAAUAUGGCCAAGGGCAAGUGAAGUCGCGAGGUAAGAAGAAAGAACAGUGGAUUGACCUCAGGGCUUUUCUCAUCCAGUGUGCACAAGCAAUAGCUGUUAACAACCUUCCAUUUGCUGGUGAGCUACUGAAGAAGAUAAGGCAACAUGCUUCACCGUAUGGAGAUAGUUCUCAGAGGCUGGCGCAUUACUUUGCGAAUGGUCUUGAGGCUCGGCUGGCUGGGACAGGGUUCAAAAUGUAUCAGAAACUGAUGGAGAAACGAACAAGGGCCAUAGACAUGUUAAAGGCCUACCGCCUUUUCGUUGCAGCAUGCCCUUUUGCCAGGGUAGCAUACUACUUCUCCAACCAAACAAUUGCUGAUGUAUUGAACAGACAACCAAAGGUGCAUAUCAUUGAUUUUGGCAUCACAAUUGGCUUUCAGUGGCCAUCACUAAUCAAGCGCUUCGCAAAGCGAGAGGGUGGCCCCCCAAAGCUUCGUAUCACGGGCAUAGGCGUACCCCAUCCAGGUUUUCGCCCCAGUGCAAUGAUUGACGCAACAGGAAAACGGUUGGCUGAGUAUGCAGAAAUGUUCCAUGUACCUUUUCAGUAUCAAGGUAUAGCCUCGAGAUGGGAAAAUAUCUGCACUGAGGAUCUAAACAUUGAUAAGGAUGAGGUGCUCAUAGUCAACUGUAUGUACCAAACAAAAUAUCUUGGUGAUGAGACAGAAGACAUAGAUAGUGCAAGGGAUAGAGUACUGCGUAUCAUGAAAAAGAUUAAUCCAGAGGUUUUCAUUCUUGGCAUCAUAAAUGGAUCCUACAACUCCCCCUUCUUUCUUCCACGAUUCAGAGAGGUGUUGUUCCAUUACUCUUCACUGUUUGACAUGUACAACACAAUUGUAGCUCAGAAUGAUGAGGCGAGGAUAUUAAUAGAGAGGGAUCUCCUUGGGACGGAUGUUCUUAAUGUUGUAGCAUGCGAAGGUGCAGAAAGGAUUGAGAGGCCAGAGACUUACAAACAGUGGCAAGCGAGAAGUCUCAAGGCUGGGUUCAAGCAACUUCCUGUUAAUCAAGCAAUCCUGAAGAGAUCGAUAGAUGAAAAGAAGAAGAACUAUCAUGAUGAUUUUGUCAUCAACGAAGAUAAUGGUUGGCUUCUACAGGGAUGGAAAGGGAGGAUAAUGUAUGCAGUGUCCUCAUGGAAACCAAAAGAACAGUAUAGUAAUAAGUAAGAUCCAAGUUGAUCUUUAUGUACGAGUCAGCUACACUUGAAAUGACUUUGUGAGGUACUCAUUUGAACUACACACCAUGCUACACAAGGUGUUAUAUGAGAUUUAUGAAGGACGUGAUGGGUAUAUCCGAAAUAACUGAUAUAGCAACUACAAGAACUCAUUUCUCUUUUGAACAUUUUGGAUGACUGAGCAAUCUGUAGUUGCUUUGCUUGUGUUUGAUAUGAAAUUAGCAGAUCAUUUUUUUUAUAAUGCAGUAUUUGUACAGCACUUAUAGGUUGUGAAACUGCUGUACUUUAUCUAUCUUGGUUGGAGACAUGAAAGUUGGCACAUUUGCAGUAGAAAAUGUUGAUAUUAAACAACAAUGCCUUAAAUGGCAAAUGACAAAUAAUUUUAUU